UCGUCGGAGUUUGAGGCGUGCGCGCGUCGGUCAGUCAGUCACUCGCGUAGAGUGUCUUCGCGUAAGCUUUGUCGGCUCCCUCAUUUUCGAAACGGUCGAUCACGUACUCGUUAAUAUGCACGCGGGGCUCGAGGAAUUGUAAGCUGUAUUUCCGCGCAAAUAUUAACCUCGCCUCGAGACGACGGCGGUUGAGAUCGACGACUCGGCCGGGAAGUGAGAAACGGUCGGACGAAGAGGGAGGAGGAGGAGGCAGACAGAGAGAACACGGGAGGAAGCGAAGCUUGCUGACGUUUCGAGUGUUUGACGUUCCCAGGUAAACGCGUUCGCCAAAGCGCUCCGUGUUUGACGAUAAACACAAGCGUCGGCGGGAUACGCUCUUCUUCUCUCGUCGUGAAAGAGAGAGAGAGAAAGUUUCAAUGACGGGACAUUGUUUGCCGCCAAUGACAUGGCGUGCUGGGUCUUCCGCGAAUCUUGAAUCUCGAUCAUCGCGCGGAAUUUGAAUCGCCUGAGAAACUCUCAAGACUCGCCGCCAACUUCGCGUCGCGAGUUCGAAAUCGGUAGCUGUCAGUUGUUGGCCGGACUGAUCGCGAGACGCACCGAUAACUUCGCGCCGAUCGAACACGUAUCCUCGUGCGGUAUCUUCGUGUGUUUACAACUCGUCUUUACAUAAUCGCAUGACUCUCCGCGAGCUUUCGACGACUCGAAUUGUCGCGAACUUUGCGAGGAGUGCGUGAAUUGUGAAACGUUUCAAUGGUGCGGCGACGCGUGAAUUGUCGGAAUGACAAAACAGUGCGAGUGGUGAAUCUGACGUGACGGUGUCGAUCGUGAAAAUCCCGCACGUGUGCGACUUUUAUCAUAUAUAUAUAUAUAUAUAUAUAUUUCUACACGAGUGACAAAUUUCGAAAGAACACCAGUCUUCGUCCGCUGAUAAAGAUACCGAGAGAUCCGAGUGACCGCGAAUUAGUCGCAUUCCGAUCGCGAGUUAAGUGCCGGGAGUGUUGAUUAGAUUAGAUCGAGUGCUGUGCGGAAAUAAUGAAAACGAAGAUGGAGAUAUCGACGACUUUCUUCAUCUCGAUACUGGCGGUGAUCUGCCGCGGCAAUGAGCUCAAGGAUUAUUGCUCGAUACACAAGUUCGACAAUCUACCGGGUGGGCUGAGGUUCACGAAGGAAGUCGUCACCACGGAAUACGCCAACGUGGGUGCGUUCAAGGCUCUUCACUGCUGCCUCAGGGGAUACAGGAGCAUCGAAUGGUACAAGGAUAAUAGAGCGUAUCCUUGGCCGGGCGGAGAGAGUCACUUUAUCCUGUAUCCGGAGAGCGCGAAUCAAACGAUCUACACGCAGGAGAUGAGAGCCUCGGAUGCGGGACGAUACUCGUGUCAGGCACGUAACGACACAACUACUUUGGAAGGCGACAUCACUCUCGCCGUACUCGAUGAAGAAUCCGGUGUCUACACAGGGAAACCUCUACCUACCUACAGACCAGCUUCACAGUUGGUGCCUCUGGGAGGUACGGCGAGGCUCUUCUGCGAGGCUUAUCUGGGCAAGGUCGAUCUACCCGACGCCAAGAACUCCGUCAUUUGGUCGAAAAGCGACAGCAACAUGACACUACCCAGCCACGGUAGGAUAGCGCAGAACAGGGUGUCCCGGGAGAACGACCAGAUAGUCGGCUCUUAUUUGGAGAUCGAGGACGUUACUCUCGAGGAUUAUGGCGAAUACAAAUGCGAAGUCAGCAACGGCGUCGACGAGGAGAUCACGUUGCCCGCUCAUCUAUACCGACAAGAACCGCAAUUCGCGUUAAGCCUUCCAAACGGAUCCUGGCGGAAGUCUCUUCUGUUGGCGGUCCUCGUCCUCGUCCUAUUGCUAUCAGCCGGUGCAUUUUACGCGCGUUGCUGGUUGCCACUUGCAUUGCUCUACAGAGACAAGUUCGGUCGCCUCGAGGAAAACGACGGGAAGGAAUGCGACGCUCUGGUGUGCUAUCACGAGAAGGACUCGAGUCUGGUAAUAGGUAUCGUGAUACCCAUCCUGGAGUCUAGACAUCGAUACAAGUGCACGGCGCUGGAGCUGUCUCACCAGAAUCACAAUUGGAGCUUGGAGAUUGGCCCGCACGCCAACGCGGCCCGGCGAAUCAUCGUCGUGCUGAGCCCAGCAUCCCUAGGUAACAUCUGGACGGACGCAAGCGUUGGCGCGGCGCUGAAGCAGCUGUCAUCGUUGCCGAUGAAGACGAUUGUCAUCUCGCUCAAGAGCCUGCCGAGCACGACGAUGACGAUCGCGAAGCGAUCGCGACGCGACCGUCGCGACGUCGAAGCGAUCUCGUUCGAUCGAUUGACGAUCCUGUGCUGGCAGCAGGAUGGCGACGACGCCGGCAACGGAGGCACCGCUUCCUUCGGCAGCGGCGGUCGCAAGUUCUGGUACAAGCUCAGGUUGGCGAUGCCGGCGAUGAGACCGAUGGCGUCCGAAACCGGUUGCCAAUCGGUUGCCAUGAUAGUGCAGGCUAACGGCAAGUGCGGACAGCAAAAGGCCCGCUCGCGCGAGAGUCUGGAGGUCCUUGUUUAAAGUCCUCGGCUCUCCUCUGUAGGUUCGUUCAUUCCGAGCAAUCCUUGGGGAAUCACUCGGCACCGAGGAUCGCGGCGUCGAGAGGAGCUCGAUCUCGAUUCGGAUCUCGCGCGAGCAGAUCUCUCAAGAUCCUUGCUGUUCAAAGGAUGCCCACUCGAGUCCUGAUUCGAGGAUUGAUCUCGAGAAGGACCUUUUGGUCCUUGAUAUCGAUUCGAUGAAAAAAUUCUGCGACGAUCUCGAUUUUAAUUAUGCAAAUUUUGCGCGAGAAUCUGCAGCUUCUCCUCUCUUUCGGAAUUUUUACUCCUUUAUUUUUUUUACUUUAGAUCCCGUGAAAGGACGAUUUUAGAAAAAAUUGCGCCCCCCUCUAAUUUUCGGCGGGAUUUGUAAAACGCGUGCGUCAAGUAUGUGAGAAUGACACUUUGUGUCAUUGAGUGUUUACGAAAAUCGAAUCUUUGAGAUUAAAAUGAUCAAUCUUCUUUAAUUCUGGCGGUUUGAAUUAUCACGUGAGAAACAUGAAAGAGCCAUAUUGUAAUUUUAUAUUAUGUUACAACUGCGUUUUUUUUUUGUCGCAAACCGUGUCGUGAUUGGAAAGCAAAUUCGAUUUUAUUAUCGCGCAUAAAAAAAAACACAGCUACAUGCAUCAUAAAAAAAAACGAAAAUCGAGGACAAAUUUUUUCAUAUAAAUUUUUAGAAUUUCGAUUCUUCUGAAUUUUGUACUUAAAAAUUUUACGCUCUUCAACAUUUAUUGUUAGAUUUUACAAUCUUCAGUUGUAGAAGAUCAAUUUUAAGAUAACGAGAAAAAUCGCGUUAAAAUCUCUGGAUAUUUUGCACGCAACUCUUUAUACUAUCAUUAAUAGUCCACACGAAUCGAUUCGAUUCCUUUUUAGAACACCCUGUAGUAUAGAUAGGCACGGAGUGCAGUUACGUAAAAGGAAACGCCUAAACGGGUAUUUAUGCAUCCUAGCGAGGUGCAACUAAUCUCGAUUACAUCGACUGACAGUAUGAAUCGACAACGCGAAGCGUGAAUUUGCAUUCGCGAAUUUAUCGCGAAUUACGACGGAAACGUGGAGUGACUUUCGCAUAUUUUUUAUUGUCAAACGUCUAUUGAAUUUUUAAUAAAGUGUGAAAAUUGUAAAAACAUUCCGAUAGCAAAAGAAGCGUGAGAUAAAGGACUUUUCAACGAAUGUCCUGCUGGUCAUUAAAAGUGAAUUUAUUCAAUUAAUGUCAUUUUAUUUCUUUGUUCGAUUGUGAUUUUUAUUUUCACGGUUUUUUGAAAUUUGUAUAUUUAAGAUGAAAAGAUUACUUCUGCAAUUUAUUGGAGCUCUGUGCUGGGAACACAUUUUAAAGGUACCAAAAAUAAAUAAUCAUAAUUUAAUAAAAAGACACUUUACUUCAAAAAUCAUACAUCCCAAAUAGCGAUCUCUAUUAAAUAUCAUUGAUUGUAAAAUAAUAUUGAAAUUCAAACGUCAAAUUUUUCUUUAUCACUUUUCUCGUUUAUUUUAUGGCAGACCCGAUUAAUUAUGUUAUGAUGACGAAAAUGAAAUAAUGGAAUCACUUAAAUAAGUAGAUAAAGUAGAUUAAUAAAUCCUUGGAUCUUUUGGAAUUUUAUAUUACUUUUUGAAUAACAUCUCUAUUCUCGUCGUAAAUAUUUCACGUAUAAAUGCUUUAAAAAUUUGAUCGUGCUUUUUUUGCGCGAUUUUCCGAAGAAGCGAAUUUGCUUUACACAAUCGACGAAUCGAUUCGAUUAUUCUAACAUUCCGAGUGUUUGAUGGACGAAAAGAAUGGAAAGAUGGAAAUGCGCAGUCUUCCUUCUCGCGCGCGUGAUGAGAAUUUUAUUAUCGGCGUUCUGUUAUCACCGACGUUCUACCAUUUUUUUUUUUUUUUCCCCUUGUGCUUAUCGUUACUCUUCUUUGUAUAUAUUGGAAAUCUAUAUUUAUUUAGCUAGCCGCGUUUUAUUUAUGUGUACAAAUUUGCGUACAUUUUAAUCAAUUGACCCUUUAACUAGUGAAUAAGGUUUUAAAUUGCUGUUUCGAGAGAUUUAUGGAAAAAAAAAAGUUGUUUAGGUACUUAAAUAUAAUGCACUUGAUACGCGUGGCAAAAAUCUGAAAAUUAGUUUAUCUAAAUGUAUAAGAUGUAUAUUGUAAAUUAUAUUUACUUAUUUUAUAUUACUCGCGCAGAUUUAGUUAAAAUUGCAUUCGAAUUCUGGUUAAAGGGUUCAUACAAUCGCGCGGAAUUGCACUCCGAUACGUCACAUUUGCGCGACAUUUUCUCUAAAAGCUGGUUUAUCGCGAGCGAUAACGGCAUAAUUUCGCAUUAUCGUUCGAUAUAAUAUAUACGUCAACUGCCUCGGGACGUUAAUAUAUAAGCGUUUUAUACUGUUUUAUAUAUAUAUAUAUACAUAUAUGUGUAUACAUAUAUACAUAUGUAGGCGUACAAGGUGUAUUCCACACCUGAUAUUCCUGGACAUCCCUGAGCGCACAAUCGGUGUCAGUAAUCGUUGCUUGCUAAUCGUUAUCACAUUAUCAUCUCUCCGAGGACAGUGAGUAACACUCGCGCUUUCCUGGUUUCUCUAGAAGGCAUAAGUUUCCUUCGCUUUUUCUGAAUUUUUUUUGAUCUGAAUAUAUAUAUUUUUUUUUUUCAUAAAUUAAACUUAGGAUAUUUUUAUGUAAAAUUCGCGAUUGUAUAAAUUUAUUACGAAUAUUUUGUUAUCGAAUGUUAUUUACGAAUAUAAAAACCAGGAAACAAUUCCAUUAUUAAUAGCAUUUUUUAUCAGAACUAUAUCGGCGAUUGUCAGUCCUAUAUCCAGGGAAUUGAAUUCGGGCCCAGCGCACGAUAUCCGAAAAUUCAGAAUGUUUGCCGUAGGUUGUAUACUAUGAGGAAUGACAAAAACAUCGUAAAAACAAUAAAAAUAAAAUAGAAGAUAAGUGUUAAUUAUAAUCGUAACCGUGAUUCAUAAUUGUAACUUAGGCGAGAGGAAGGAAAGGAGAUGGAGAGGAUGGAGGGGGAGGGAGGAGACAAUAGGGGCAAGGUUAAUUUUUAACGUUAAUAGCUAUUAUUCUCUUUACUGUCAGUAUUACGACACACUAGUGUACUCGUCUCGCCGAGGAUGCCAGCAAGAACUCUUGCAAAGGAUAAUCGCGAGCCGGGUAAGCAGAGUAUAUAGAUGUAGUAACAACAUUUGAACGGUGCGUUUCGUAGAGGGACUCCGAAUUGUUUUUACCGAAAAGAAUUGUAUUGUUGUUGUGUACGGAUAAACCGGGUGUCAGAAAUAACAAUUUUUCAAAAACAUUGUUUCCAAAAGUUAAGCCAUUAAAAAAAAAGCCUCAUUUUUUUCAGAAAUUUUUAACGUAUAAUUAGAGACUUGCGUUGUUUCUCAUAAAAUUUUCCAAAAAUAGCCUAAAUAUUUUCUUAGUUUUCUUAAACAUUAAAUAUCAUCUGAUAUAAGCAAAACGAAUGAUAAAAUGAUAAAUAAAUUUAUUAAUUUUUGAUAAGAUUUUGAUAUAGUUCGCUCUCAAAUUUGACAAAAGAGCAGACGUGUCCCUUUCACAAAUGAACCGUUUAUUUGUCUCUUUUUUUUUUUUAAUUUUUCUUAUUGAUCUUAUUGUUGCAUUGUUCGUCGCUAUCGUUAAGACGGAUUAGUGAAUGAUUUACUUAUUUAAUCAAUUAAUCUUUGUAUUUUGACAAUAAAGUCUCUCUAGAAUUCUUAGAAGUAGCGCGUUUCGCAUACGUUCUCUCUCUCUUUUUUUUUUUUAACUAUAGAUAGUUUAAUCGAUAAGAUACAAGACGAACAAGUUGGGAUCGUACAUGUAUAAUUCUAGAUAAAUGUUUAUCUAGCGUGCGUCUGAUUAUGACUGGUCGAUUGUUUGACGGCGCGAGUAAUAAAAGCCGUUUACAUGUGUAAGAUGUUCUAACUGUUUAUAGCGGAGCAUAUGUUUUGUGACAUAAGAAUAAUUCUUUGUAUAUGCCGUGUAUAUCUAGAUCCUAUCUAGAGGGAUGAUCAGAUCCUGUAAGCGCAAUUUUUUUUAGAAAGUAUAUAAUUGUAAUUUACAUUUUAUUAUACUUAUUUUAUUUUCCACUUAGAUUUAAGCGAUGCGUGUCUUGUCGCAAUUUCGUUGAUUAAUUUUAAUUAUCGAAAAUAAUUAGUAUUUCUCGAUAAGUAAUGAAUUCUCUUAUAAUCUUAUUUAUUGAUCCUUUCGUUUUGUUCUCGUUCAGUGAUUCGACCAUCUUUUUAAAUAAAUGGAUUCAUGUAUUUUGAUAAAUAAUAAAACAUCUCAAACGUC